AGUGAAAUCAAAAUAAAAGAAGAGCAUAUAAAUGCGAAAGAAAUAGCCCUCAAGGGUCAGCGUGAGAACCUUCAAAAUAGAGAUGAACAAAUCUCGGACCUACGAAAUCACAUUAAAUCACUCGAGAACACUCUAUCAGAACGGUCUAAUCAGCUUAUGGAGUACCGUAAAACUGAAGCCAAUUUUCCCGACUCAUGUCCCAGUGGCAGUCCCAAUGGGAUUUACCAAAUAAACAUCCGGGGGAUGGAUCCAUUUAAGGUGCCUUGUGUGUCCUCUCCUUCUGGCUGGACGGUAAUUCUCAGACGUUUCGACGGAUCAGAGGACUUCAAUCGAAACUGGACUGAUUAUAAAAAUGGAUUUGGGAGUGUCAGUGGUGAGUUCUUCCUGGGGCUGGAAAAAAUACAUCGGAUGACAGCGGUUCGACCCCACGAACUCUACAUUAAGCUCGGGAAGGUUGAUGGAUCCACCAGCUACGCUAAAUACGAUCAUUUCCUUAUUGGAACCGAAAAAGAACUCUAUGAGCUGAAGAAGCUGGGAGCAUAUUCUGGUGAAGCCGGGGACUCUCUUAGACAACACCUUAACAAAAAGUUUACAACAUUUGACCGGGAUAAUGACGAUGAUGCUAACAAAAAUUGCGCCACUAAUCGUGGUGGUUGGUGGUACUGCAAUUGUUAUUACAGUAAACUCACUGGAAUCUACUAUGAUAAUGGUCAUAAUAGCUCGCAACAUGGAAUAAGUUGGGCUACUUGGCAUAACUACAACUAUACGAUCUCGCUAACCUUCGCUGAAAUGAUGAUAAGGCCUAUAUUUUAAAUUGUGCAUAUACAUACACAACAUUUAAAUUAAAACAUGAUUACAA